UCUUAAAAAACCAUGCUGUGGAAUUUCAAAAUCCUACCAAAAGUUUACAUUCUGUGCGUGUUGCAUGCGGCCAAUGUCAUGGCUUAUACCCGCGAAAUUAUCAACGAUAAACCACAGCUGCAAGAAAGACCCGCCUGGUUACGCACAUGUCCCCGCCACAAUCCCAAUGAAGAUAAAUGUUUUCGGAAAUUUUUCGAAGGCUGUUUUCCUGCCCUGGCCACGGGUAUAGCGGAAAUUGGUGUCAAUGGUUUUGAGCCGCUACACAUUGAUCAGGUAUCGGUGCAAAAGGGAAGCGGUAAUCUAAUAUUGGCUGGGGGUUUUCAAAAUCUGGUGAUACGAGGUCCCUCCAAUGCCACCGUGAAGAGGGCAGUUUUGGAUUUGGAAAAGAAAAUCUUAAAUUUUGAAUUGGAAAUUCCAUUGCUGCGCAUUCGAGCCCAAUACAAUUUAAAUGGUCACAUAUUGGUGUUACCCCUGGUGGGUAAUGGUGAUGUUCGCUUGGCCCUGAAGGAUGUAAAGACAGCGGUUUAUACGAAAAUAAGUUUAAGGAAUGCACCGGAGGAGGUGAUCCACAUCGACGACAUGAAGGUCACCUUUAAUGUGGGCUCCAUGCGCAUCCAUCUGAACAAUCUCUUCAAUGGCAAUGAAAUAUUGGCCGCCUCAAUUAAUUCGUUUCUAAAUCAAAAUGGCAAUGAUGUCAUUGCCGAGUUGCGGCCGGAUUUGGAAAAGGGUUUAGCCGAUAUCUUCCAUGGCCUGUGGAAUAAUGUCUUUUCGAAAAUACCCCUAAAAUUGUGGUUAGUUUAGUGGAUUUUAUAUAUAUAUUUUUUUGUUUAUAUUGCAUUUAGUUAUUAUUUUAUAUAUGUAUUUAUUAUAAAUUGUUAUUAAUUAGUUUUAGAAAAAUAAAGGAAAAAAAUAAAUA